GCAAUGCGGCCACGCGCUGCAUUAGCGCAUGAAGCAGCUCCGCCAGUGCUGUGGGCCAGACAUGUGCACGGGCGCAGAGGUGAGAAAGGGGGCGUUGCUGUGGCAGUGGGCGCACGACGGUCAAAGCAGGGCUGCUGGGUGCAGGCGCGGUGAUGGCGAUGGUGGUCUCCAGGUAGGAGGCGCAUGCAGUGGGGAGUCAGGGGUGUUGAGGGGAGCGGUUGAUCUGAGCUUUCAUCUGUUGAGCAGCUGCGGAGCAGCUGCGACGCACACUCGGAUCAUCAAUUCCCACCUGGGUGGGGAUUGCGCGGACAACACACCGAGCGUCGGUGGAGGUGAUCGUAACAACUCGUCGCCGAGCGUUGGUGGAGGUGAUCGUAAUAACUCGUCGCCGAGCGUCAAUGGAGGAAUUGGUGCGCGUAAACGACUGAACUGGAUGCGCUUGUCGCCUGUGGCGCGAAGCGGACCCGGCGGUACUCGAGGGCGGCAGCCGGCGGAGGAUUUAAUUGGGGGAGUUCCGGACGUGCAACGCGACGACAGGCAGGUCUGGGCAGAAUGCAGGCAGGAGUUGCAUCGAGGUGAAACGGAGACGAUCACCAGAGGGGUGCAACGGCUGCACGUCGACGAAGUGGAAGACACGGCUGUUGAUGAGGGGCAGGGGUGUGACGACGUGGACGGCGAGGACGGCUGCAAGUCCGACGAUUUGCCAGACAUCAAGCCGCUUGGGAGGAGGGCGACGAGAGGCGGAUCCGGUGCUAAGAAGGGCCCCGCCACGAAACCGAGACGGACGAAGAACAUGGAUAACGAUGGCAAGGGCGGCCGGAAUUUCUGGUCGGUGGGAGACACGGUCACGCUCGUGAGGGCGAAAAGGGAUCAAGAUCUGUAUAUCGCCAGCCUGGGGACUAGUUUCGCCCACAUGAAAACAGCCGCGUGGAAGUGGGAGGACGUGCGGGUGAGGUUGCAGGAGAUGGGAGUGAUGAGGAAUGCCGUCGACUGCGGGAAGAAAUGGGACAACUGGAUGCAGCAAUUCAAGAAGGUGCACAAGUUUCAAAACCUCUCCGGCGGGAAGGACUACUUCAGGCUUGCUUCGAGUGACGAGGGAUGCCGUCGACUUCAGGCUUGCUUCGAAAUCGGAGGGCUUCAGCUUCGUCAUGGACCGGAGCGCGUGGGGGGAGGUGGGGGCACCAUGGGCGGCGAUGGUGGAGGGGAGACGACAGACGAGGAGCAGGGGUCGACGAAAGACUCGUCAUUCAGCGCAGGGAGCGGUGGCGGUUAUGGGAAGAGGAAGAACAUGCGGCAACAAACCUUUGAAGCCGUCGCCGACGUCAUGGAGAAGCAUGUGGGUCGGCGGCAUGUCCCCAAGUCGAAGAGACUCCGUUCAGAAGAGCCAUCACCAAGCGUGCCUGUCCUGCGAGGGCGGUAUUGGGCGGCAACGAACGAAGACGAAAAUGAUGACGUGUUCAUGACAGAGGAGGAAGCAGCAGAUGACACCGUGGCGGCACCCCGGGGCAGCACUCUUCAAGCGAAGAAUGAUCAGGUCGCGGCGAGGAGAUUGCUCACGCCCCCCCCGGAGGGGCAACAAGGUCGUGGGCAGAGGAACACGAAAGCUAAGGAGGUUGUCGUCGACGUCGGUGACGAGGACAACGAGCCAUUGGAAAGCCGCAGGCAGCGAAAUGCAAUGCAAUGUGCGACGGUGACGGGAGUAAGGAUAUGCGCCGCGCAGGAAGAAAGGCCACCUCAGGGCGCCAUGUCGUCCACGCCGUCACAGCCGCGACCGCGCAACACGGCUGUAGAUGAAGGGUUUACCGAAUGCGGGGGAGGUGAGGUGGCCCAGCAAGAAGCGCGCGUGGCGAGCGCUGGUGCAGGCGCGGGGUCCUCGGGCAAUGUCGGUGUCGUGGCGGGGGCGAGAAAGGAGGUUCCUGUUGUGGAGCGGGAGGUUGCGCGAGGCGAGAAUAAGGGCGAAAGAGGCGAUGACGACCCCCUUUUAAGCCGGGAGCGGAGGGGAGGGUUGGCGAGAGAUCUUGCCGACCGUGCCCGCCUAUGGGUCGACGACAAAGCGUUCUGGACAACGGGGGAGGGGCGCCGACUCUACGACAUCGUCCACCGAACGAGGGAGCACUUCGAGGCCAUCGCUAGCAGGGUGCAAGCGCCCGUCGUGUCCAGGAGCGUCGUCAUGCCGAAAUCUGCGACGAGCCUCACGAGGAUUGCUGAUCCCGCUCAACUACAGCAAGCGAUCAUCCGCGGGGGGGCUGCAGAGAACAUAGUUCUGCUCGUCUUGCAUGGACCUUGCGCGCGUUAUGUGGUAUGGCGAGGAGUGGAGCAACGUGGUGAGUGCGCGCACACGAUCGACCUCAAUAUGGACUUGCCACUGUGGUUUGCGGGGGUGAACAUCGACGACAGGCCGGAGGAUGACGACAUGGUUGCGUACCAGGAGUCGACUGUCUUGUGCGUCGCGAAUGCAUUUCGCACCGCCGUGCAAAUGGGUGCCAACGUCGACGACGGGUUCAUAUCACACGAUCGUCUGUCGAGGAUCGCGGAUUGCUUCAGGCUGUUGUUGGCUGCCUGCAUGUGGCUGAUGCGCAUGGCGGGAGACGAUCAUCGUAGCCACUACGAAGCCUUCUACUUCGCGCAGCUGGUCGCGAAGCCCACGCUGAUCGCGUCCAUGCAUCGCGCCUUCGAUUAUCGAAGAUCCGUCAUCCGAGCGACGAACGUCGUCACGGAGAGACUGGGGAAGGUGAACGCCACCUUUGGAGAGUACCCGAAGUUCAUCCCCGAUUGGGCUUCCUGCGGCAUCAAGUUCGGCCACGACGCGAGCAUCAUGGGGCCAGAGGACGCGAAGAAGAGGGAUUGGUUGGGUUCGGGCCCCUUGGAGGAGGACGGUGACGACAAUGGCGAAAACGACGCGUAGGGGGUGGAGGGAUGGUGUUGUGCUAGAUUGCCUUGGUUUGCUUGUCGCUUGUGAUGGCACGUGGACGGCGGGAAAGGUGGCGGCGCGUCGCGACACAGAUUGUUGUUGGUCUCUCCCUUYGCUCCGCAYRAGCACARCRUGUCUGUCRUGCGUGUAGACGCCCUCCGUUUUCGGCUGUCCACUCUGGCAGGGUGGUAGAUGCAACUUCGCUCGUCGGUGUCCUUGCUUGUUCAUUUAGUUUGGCAGUUCCCAGUG